GGAGGCACCGGGCGGGAGGCAGGUAGAGGCCGAGGCCAAGGCCAAGGUCAAGGCAUCGUCCGGGCGAGGAGGAGGAGGGCAUGAGAGGGAAGGGGCGGCCGAGGCAGGUAGGCAGGCGGGCCUCGAAGCAGCACCAGCGGCAGAAGGAGGAGGAGGGGAAGGGCUCCGUCGGCGCCCGCGAGGAUGAUGCUGCUGGUCGCCGGGCGGUAGUACUAUGAUUUGCUAUGUGGCCGCUUUGAUUGCAACCCUCAUCGGAGCCUCGGGAACGGCAGCGGCGGCAGCAACGGCAGCGGCGGCUCAAGGUGCCCACGGCUUAAGGGAGGAACCCGAAUUUGUGACAGCUCGCGCUGGGGAGAGUGUGAUUUUGGGAUGCGACGUAAUCCAUCCACUGACGGGCCAGCCCCCUCCUUAUGUGGUGGAGUGGUUCAAGUUUGGAGUGCCUAUACCCAUCUUCAUCAAAUUUGGGUUCUACCCUCCCCAUGUGGACCCAGAAUAUGCCGGCCGUGCCAGCCUUCAUGACAAGGCAUCUCUGCGCAUUGACCAGGUUCGCUCCGAGGACCAGGGCUGGUAUGAGUGCAAAGUGCUCAUGCUGGAUCAGCAGUACGACACGUUCCACAACGGCAGCUGGGUGCAUCUCACUGUCAACGCUCCCCCCACCUUCACAGAAACUCCCCCCCAAUACGUAGAGGCGAAGGAAGGCAGCAGCAUAACCCUCACUUGCAUGGCUUUUGGGAACCCAAAGCCGACUGUCACCUGGCUAAAAGAAGGGGACCUCUUGAAUGAAAACAACAAAUAUCAGGUUAGGGAUGGGAGCCUGACUGUUUCUUCUAUCAGUCGGAAUGACAGAGGCGCUUACACCUGCCGUGCGUACAGUAUCCAGGGGGAGGCCGUGCACACUACCCGCUUGCUUGUCCAAGGACCCCCUUUCAUCGUUUCCCCUCCAGAGAACAUCACGGUUAACAUCUCCCAGGAUGCCAUGUUCACCUGCCAGGCCGAGGCAUAUCCAGGCAACCUGACCUACACUUGGUACUGGGAAGAAGAGAAUGUGUACUUUAAGAAUGACCUAAAGCUGAGGGUUCGGAUCCUGAUUGAUGGGACACUGAUCAUCUUCCGAGUCAAGCCUGAAGAUGCUGGCAAAUACACCUGUAUUCCAAGCAACAGUCUCGGCCGUUCGCCUUCAGCCUCUGCCUACCUGACAGUGCAAUAUCCUGCCAGGGUGGUGAACAUGCCACCCAUCAUAUAUGUUCCUGUGGGGAUACAUGGAUACCUUCGCUGCCCAGUUGAGGCAGAACCUCCAGUUACCCUGGUGAAAUGGAACAAAGAUGGACGCCCUCUGCACAUAGAUAAGUUUUCUGGCUGGAGUCUAAUGGAAGAUGGCUCAAUUCGAAUAGAAGAGGCAACGGAAGAAGCUCUUGGCACAUACACCUGCGUGCCUUAUAAUGCUCUGGGUACAAUGGGCCAGUCACCCCCUGCCCGACUGGUACUGAAGGACCCACCCUAUUUCACGGUGCUACCAGGCUGGGAGUACAGACAAGAGGCAGGGAGGGAGCUGUUGAUACCCUGUGCCGCUGCAGGAGAUCCCUUUCCUGUCAUCGCCUGGAGAAAGGUAGGGAAGCCCAGUAGAAGCAAGCACAACACUCUUCCAAGCGGCAGCCUCCAAUUCCGAUCUCUCAGUAAGGAUGACCACGGAGAGUGGGAAUGUGUCGCUACCAACAUAGUCACAAGCAUAACAGCUAGCACUCAUCUGACAGUCAUCGGCACAAGCCCUCAUGCUCCGGGCAAUGUGCGCAUCUCAGUCUCCAUGACCUCUGCCAAUGUUUCCUGGGAGCCUGGCUAUGAUGGCGGAUACGAACAGACAUUCUCAGUUUGGUACGGCCCUCUGAUGAAGCGGGCACAAUUUGGACCUCAUGACUGGCUCUCUCUUCCUGUACCAGCUGGCCCCAGUUGGAUGCUCAUGGAUAAUCUAGAACCAGAGACUGCCUACCAGUUCAGUGUCUUGGCCCAAAACAAGCUGGGCACGAGCUCCUUCAGUGAGGUGGUCACUGUGAAUACUUUAGCAUUCCCUGUCACAACUCCAGAACCCCUGGUGCUGGUUACUCCACCAAGGUGCCUAACAGCCAAUCGGACGCAGCAAGGAGUCCUGUUGUCAUGGCUUCCUCCCGCCAAUCACAGCUUCCCAGUUGACCGUUAUAUCAUGGAGUUUCGGGUAGGAGAGCGAUGGGAGAUUUUAGAUGAUGCCAUCAUGGGAAGCGACAGUGACUUUUUUGCCAAGGAUUUGACUCAGGAUACAUGGUACGAGUUCCGAGUUCUGGCUGUCAUGCAAGACCUCAUCAGUGAACCCAGCAACAUCGCCGGUGUAUCCAGCACAGACAUAUUUCCACAGCCAGACCUGAUAGAUGAAGGUUUGGCCCGGCCUGUGCUGGCGGGGAUAGUUGCCACCAUUUGCUUUCUCGCUGCUGCUAUCCUGUUCAGCACUCUAGCUGCCUGCUUUGUCAAUAAGCAACGCAAACGGAAACUCAAGCGCAAAAAAGACCCUCCUCUCUCAAUAACCCACUGCCGGAAAAGUCUGGAGUCUCCGUUGUCCUCGGGUAAGGUGAGUCCUGAAAGCAUCCGCACUCUCCGUCCCCCUUCUGAGUCCUCUGAUGACCAAGGCCCUCCUGGAAAGAGGAUGCUGAGCCCCAGCAAGGAGAAAGAGCUGUCUCUUUAUAAGAAGACCAAGCGAGCCAUCAGCAGCAAGAAAUACAGUGUUUCCAAGGCUGAGGCAGAAGCUGAGGCAACCACCCCCAUUGAACUUAUCAGCCGUGGGCCAGAUGGACGCUUUGUCAUGGACCCUUCAGAGAUGGAGCCUUCACUUAAGACUCGGCGGAUAGAGGGAUUCCCCUUUGUGGAGGAGACGGACAUGUACCCGGAGUUUCGUCAGUCAGAUGAAGAAAACGAUGACCCUGUCAUGCCAGCUUCUGUGGCAGCCCUCAAAUCCCAGCUGACACCUCUUUCCUCCAGCCAGGAGUCAUACCUUCAGCCACCAGCAUACAGUCCCAGAUUUCAUCGGGGCCUGGAGGGGACAAGCAGCCUCCAAGCCACUGGUCAGGCUAGGCCUCCAGCCCCUAGGCCAUUCCACCAUGGGCCAUACUAUGGUUACCUCAGCAGCAGCAGCCCCGGGGAGAUGGACCCACCACCUUUCUACAUGCCAGAGGUCAGCCCUCUCAGUUCUGUCAUGUCCUCCCCUCCUCUGCACCCUGAGGGUCCAUUUGGCCACCCCACCAUCCCUGAGGAGAAUGGAGAGAAUGCUUCCAACAGCACACUGCCCCUGACCCAGACUCCAACAGGGGGCCGGUCCCCUGAGCCAUGGGGCAGAGCUGAGUUCCCUUUCAGUGGCCUGGAAUCUUCACCUAUCAUGUUUCCUCACCAGCUCCACCAGUGUGAAAUGGUUGAGUGUGUGCAGCCAAAGGCCAGUCUUCCUAGGGGACCGCCACCCUCCUCCCUCCAGGUCCCCACCGCCUAUCCUGGCAUUCUGGCCCUGGAGGCACCAAAGAGUUGGACUGGCAAGUCACCAAGCAGGAGCCAACCUUCUGUGCCCACCGCCACCAAAUGGCAGGACAAACCUAUGCAACCAAUGGCGAGUCAAGGGCAGCUACGACAUACCAGUCAAGGCAUGGGGAUACCUGUGUUGCCUUACCAUGGGCCGUCCGAGUCAGUCAGCCACAGCGGCACAAGCACAUUCGGCUUGGACACCAGGUGGUAUGACCCCCAACCUAGACCUCGGCCCAGCCCUCGGCAAAUCAGGAGGGCUGAGCCCAGUUUACAUCAGGUGGUGCUACAACCUUCAAGGCUUUCCCCCCUGACCCAAAGCCCCCUCAGCUCCCGCACUAGCUCCCCAGAGCUGACAGCACGUGCCAGACCACGACCAGGCCUCAUCCAGCAGGCAGAGAUGUCUGAAAUCACCCUACAGCCUCCAGCGGCAGUCAGCUUCUCCCGCAAAUCCACUCCAUCCACAGGAUCUCCUGCCCAGAGUAGCCGGGGAGGCAGCCCCAGUUUCAGACCUCCCAUGGCCUUCACCUCUUUGGCCACUAGUUAUCCCCCUUCUCAGUGUCCUUCCCUGCCUGUGGAGCCCAUGGAUGUCUUUGGACAAAUUUCCUCACCAAGGAGGACUGGGGAGGAGAUUCUUAGACCAGAGCCAACACCGACAACCAGUUCGGGAAAACGUCCAUCUCCAACCCGGAGCGCUGCUGCACCUGAGAGGCUUGAAGCUCUGAAAUACCAGCGGAUAAAGAAGCCCAAAAAGUCAUCCAAGGGCUCCUCGAAAUCCAAAAAACAAAUCAAUGGUUCUGCCUCCCAGGUUCAGCAACAUCCUAACUCUCAGGUACUGUGGCCCGAUGAAGCUGUCUGUCUCCGAAAGAAGAAGAGGCACCCGCGCCAAGAUCCCUUUGCUCGCCUCUCAGCACUGAAAGAUGACCUCUGCCAUCGGCAGGUUCCUGAAGACCAGACAGCCAUUCUCAAUAGUGUGGACCAUGAUGAUUCCAGUGGGCAUGCAACAUUACUUUAGAGUAGCACCAGCCAGAGGAGGGGCAAGGGAGAAACAGGGAGGGCGAAAGGGCAGAAGUGUCUUGUGAUCCAACAGAAUCUGUGGUGGAAUGGUGGGGAGAGACGUAGCUGAAGCACAGGUGCAUGUGGCUAAUAUUAACAGGGGGAUAUGGGCUUCAGUCUUGUGUUUGAGUACCAGCAGAGGGAGGGAAUGUGCCUAAUAAGCAAUUAAUGUUGCAUACAAUGCGCAUGACUCUUGUAUGGUACUUGCUAGAAGACAACCCAGCAUCACGUCUUUGACCAUUGUGGGGAGAGCUUUGUUUCUCCCUACAGCAUCCUCAGUUGCAAUACAAUCCGUGAUGAUAGGAUUACCAAGAGAAUGGGAUGGAGAACAAGAAACACAUCCCAGGUUACAGUUGUUUGGAUCUCUUGCUAAUAUUCCACAGUGUAAGAGUUAGGAGCAUGGAGAUCUAAGGCAGAGGGUCAGAGAUCUUUAAAGUGGACAGCUUUUGUAAGAAUCUGGUGAGCCUCAAACCUUUUUCUCUGUGUUGUAGCUUCAGUUGUGUGCGUCUUUGAAGCAGCAUAAAAAAAAUAUGACAACCUAGUUUCCAAAAUUAUACAUAGAGUAGAAAUGUUUUUUUAAAAAAAAGAAAAAAACAUAGAUGCAGGAUACAAUGUAUAUUUAUACAGUGUGUGUUUAACGUAGGUAGAAAACACUGGGGAAAGAGCAAGCUACCCUAAUUCAGGGAGAGGGUUGGGAUGUCAUAGGUUGCUAUUUAGUAACAAAAAUUUCAAGCUAAGAUUGAUGCCCCGCUGGAUCUGUUGAUUUUAUUAAAGUGCUUCAGAAAUCAUAAUGGGAAACUUACCAGCAUACACAUGAACGCAAACGCACACACACACAAAGAAUAACUUGCUUAUUUCAACUGUCACAGCUUUUUGAUGUCAAAAUAUUUGGAAUGAAGAUACAAAUUAUAGUUUACUUUCUUAUCUGUCAACUGAAGACCUAGGAUUAGAAUAUGUAUUGUGUUUUACUCAAUGGAAUUAUGUACAUGGGAGCCUUCUUCAAUUACAUUUUAAAGGGUGGGACAAUUUCUGUUUUCAGACUAGAAAAGAAGCUUGUUGAAACUGCACCCCCCCCAGUUGUACUUUCUGACAAACUGUAGGAUUAGGUUGGCUAGUUUUAAAAUGCUAAUGGUGAUGAUAUACUAGUAUCUGUACUGUAGUACUCCAUAAAAAAAUAGUCCUAGUACUACAAAAUGUUACUGCAUCGGUGCCUCUGUUCACAUGGUUUUUGCUGAAGUGAGGAGAAGUUGUUAAACCUUUUGUGUCUAAGUGUGACAAAGCAAGGUUCUGCUGUAACGUCUGUUGCUUCCAAUCUGUUUUUGCUGCCCAGACACAAAACUGAGUGUGGUAUGCAAUGUGGCCGAAUGAAGUGGUAGAAUUAAUGAUACUAAUCAGGUUAUAUAACCUGGAUUUACAUUUUUAUAUAUUGCCCAACAAAGUUAAUGACAAGUAGAGAACUAGCUUAUGAGAAGGGAAGACCAGGCUUGAAGACUUUCUGCCUGAUGGGCUACUUUAUUAGAUUUUUUUUACAAGAAAUAAAAACCCACCUUGUGUUAGAAAUGCUUUAUUCUUUUUUAAACUGCACCUUCCAAAAUUGCAGUGUGGUAGUAUGUGUGGUGUAGCGAUUUGAGAGUUGGACUAGGACACUGGGAGACCAGCAUUCAAAUCCCUGCUCAGGCAAUGGGAACCUACCGGAUGACUUUGAGCAACUCACACUUUCUCAGCCUCAGAGGGAGGCAAAGGCAAACGCCUUCUGAACCCGCAAGAUAGAUUUGCCUUAGGGUUGCCAUAAGUCCAAAAUGGCUUGAAGGUGCAACAACAAAAACCACUUUGCACACCCUCCUAUGUAGUCUGGAGUGGUAUGCCUAAUUCUACCACCUCAGGACUCUACUGUGUCACUCUCCUGGAGGUUUAGUAUACAACCAUUUAUACUUGCAGGAGCGUAGCAGUAGCAGAGACACAGCAGGAAUUACGUAAAGCAAUUUUAGAAUGUAAUUUUUCAUCUCUCAUUGCUGAGUACAGAAUUUAUUCCAGGUAGCAACUACGGAAACCCAAUUCCUUAUGCUUCUCAAGCAUCACUUUUGUCCAUAUUUACAUCUAUCAUCAAUCCUGCUUUCCAUCUGUGAUUGAUGCUUAAGGAUUUUUUAUUUUACUUCACCUGCUUUACAGUAAAUAAUGCCACCCACCCAUCCAGGUGUAUAUGGACUUUUUCCUCCUGGAACAGUGGGCCUGGGUUUGAUUUGUUUUUUCUCCUUAGCAAUGUAAUUGCUCUGGCUCCAUCCAGAUGAGCUGGUGUACUGGGGUGAGAAGGUAUAUAUAUGGUGUGGGAGGGCUACUGAGAUGGUUUUCACAAUAGUAGUUGUGUUCUAGGAUUGUGUAAAGUCUGCUAAAUCAAGCUUCUGUCAUUUGGACCUACCAAGCCAAACUGAGCCAGACUAGCCAUUUAUAUUCACCCACUGAGCUAGCUUGGUGGUAUGGGCAGGUUGGUGAACUAAAGUUGGAGGAGCCCAGAUCCAGAUGUAGAGAUGGACAAAUCUAUUUCUUUUCCAUUCCACUUUACAUGGUUUUGCCAGGUAUUCCAUUCCUUUCAGUUUUCACAUUAAUCCACACAGUCAGCAUUUGUCCAUUGUCAUGUUGGCCAUGGAUUCUGGGAGUUAUAAUCCAAAAAGCAACAUUUCCAGGUGUAUUCCACUCUACCACAAAGCUCUCUGUAUGCCCUUGGUCCAGUCACACUGUCAAUGUGAUCCACCUCACAGGAUAGAUAUUAUGAUGGUGGUGGAGAGGAGGGCCAUAUAUGUCAUCUGGAAGUACUUGGAGGAAAGGCAGAAUCAACCAAUCAAGCAAUCAAGCAAUAAGUCAAUAAACCCAGAAUGAAUGUCAGUUAAAUUUCUAUUCUGUCUGCAUAUUUGAAACGUCACCAACCAUAAUAAUAAUAAUAAUAAUAAUAAUAAUAAUAAUAA